CCACAGAAGGGAGAGUCCCUUCUCUCUGAAGAUGAACUCCACGGACCCUCCCAACACCACCUUGCUCCACGUGCGUCACUCCCAUGGAGGAAACAGCACCACACUACAGGAGGGCCUCCAGGACCUCAUCCACACCGCCACCUUGGUAACCUGCACUUUACUCGCAGUCAUCUUCUGCCUGGGCUCUUAUGGCAACUUCAUUGUCUUCUUGUCCUUCUUUGACCCAGCUUUCAGGAAAUUCAGAACCAACUUUGAUUUCAUGAUCCUGAACCUGUCCUUCUGUGACCUCUUCAUCUGUGGAGUGACAGCCCCCAUGUUCACCUUUGUGUUGUUCUUCAGCUCAGCCAGUAGUAUCCCAGAUGCUUUCUGCUUCACCUUCCAUCUCACCAGUUCAGGCUUCAUAAUCAUGUCCCUCAAGACCGUGGCAGUGAUUGCCCUGCACCGGCUCCGCAUGGUGUUGGAGCAGCCCAAUCGCACAGCCUCCUUUCCCUGCACCCUGCUCCUCACUCUGCUUCUCUCCACCAGUUUCACUCUUGCCACCUUGGGCACCCUGAAAACCAGCAAGUCCCACCUCUGCCUUCCCAUGUCCAGUCUGAUGGCCGGAGAAGGGAGAGCCAUUUUGUCUCUGUAUGUGAUCGACUCACCUGUUGUGUCGCUGUGGUAUCUGUCCUCUUACAUCAUGAUCGCUCAGACACUGCGGAAAAAUGCUCAAGUCAGAAAGUGCCCCCCUGUGAUCACAGUAGAUGCUUCCAGACCACAGCCUUUCAUGGGGGCCCCUGGAAAGGGGGGUGGAGAUCCCAUCCAGUGCACCAUGCCGGCCCUCUACAGGAACCAGAAUUACAACAAACUGCAGCACGUUCAGACCCAUGGAUACACCAGAGUCUUAACCAGAUGCCAACUCCGGGGGCCACCGGCUCCAGCUGGUCUCUGCUGUCAUCUCUCCACGGCUAAGGAUUCCAAAGCGGUGGUCACCUGUGUGAUUAUCGUGCUCUCCGUCCUGGUGUGCUGUCUUCACACUGGGAUUUCCUUAGUGCAGGUGGUCCUUUCCAGCAAUGGGAGCUUCAUCCUUUACCAGUUUGAACUCUUUGGAUUUACCCUUAUAUUUUUCAAAUCAGGAUUAAACCCUUUUAUAUAUUCUCACAGCUCAGGGCUGAGGAGGAAAGUGCUCUGGUGCCUCCAGUACGUGGGCCUGGGUUUUUUCUGCUGCAAACAGAAGACUCGACUUCGAGCCAUGGGAAAGGGGAACCUGGAAAUCAACAGAAACAAAUCCUCCCAUCAUGAAACAAACUCUGCCUACAUGUUGUCUCCAAAGCCCCAGAAGAAAUUUGUGGACCAGGCUUGUGGCCCAAGUCAUUCGAAGGGUGUGGUCAGUCCCAAGAUCUCUGCUGGACACCAGCACUAUGGUCAGAGCAGCUCCACCCUCAACACUCGGAUUGAACCCUACUACAGCAUUUACAACAGCAGCCCCUCCCAGGAGGAGAGCAGUCCGCAUAACUUGCAGCCAGUAACCUUUGGAUUUGCUAGUUCAUAUAUUGCCAUGCACUAUCACACCACUAAUGAUUUAAUGCAAGAAUAUGACAGCACGUCGGCCAAGCAGAUUCCAGUGCCCUCUGUUUAGGCUCGUGGAGGCUGAGACUCUUGCAGAAACUGUUUUUUUGUUUCUGAUACUAUUUGAUUUUUUCCCCAUUUCUGUGAGACCCGUGGUAGAUGAAAACUUCAGAUCCAGCGGAACAGUUGGCAGUUCUGAUUUUCUUCUGUCUGAAGUAUAAGCACCUAUUGAUUUGCUUUGUGGUUUCUUGACCUUUUAAGAUUUGAUGUAAAAUGUAUUAUUUAGAUUUUUUACCCUGACCUGCGCUCCGAUCUUUUGUACUAAACUUUUAAAUAGAUGCCAGGAAUGAUCACGCUAAUGUAUUGAAGGAGAAUGGACUGAUUACGAUCAUUGAGUCAGUGUUCCGGGCCUUCAAAGUAUACCUGA